AUGCUGAGGGUUGAGAACGUCUCUUCUUUGCCCUUCCUCUCCAAUACCACCUUAUCUCAUGGAAACACCACCUGGCACACCGACGACUACCGUGCUCUCCAAAGAAUCAUGCACAUCCUAUCCAUGGUGGUCUAUGCCGUGGCGUGUCUCCUGGGGGUGUCCGGAAACGGCCUCGUCAUCUGGAUCGCGACCUGCAGGAUGAAGAGGACGGUCAAUGCCGUGUGGUUCCUCAACCUGGCGGUGGCUGAUUUCAUCUUCACGUUCUUCCUGCCUCUGAGCAUUGCGUACACAGCUCUGGGCUUCCAUUGGCCCUUUGGGAAGCUACUGUGCAAGCUAAACAGCACCGUGGCCUUCCUGAACAUGUUCGCCAGUGUCUUCCUCUUGACGGUCAUCAGCAUGGAUCGGUGCGCUUCGGUGGUUUACCCGGUGUGGUCCAGAAACUACCGGACCCCCAAGUUGGCCUGCGGCAUUGCCCUGGUCACAUGGAUCGCCGCCUUUGUCCUAAGCGCUCCGUAUCUCGUGUUCCGAGACACGGCGACGAAUUCCAGGCACGUGAUCAGCUGUUACAAUAAUUUUGCUCUGUCCGGUGACUACAGUGCUGAGGAGACCCGAAGGAUCUGGAAGAUCCGGCAGAGAGCCAUGAUCGUAACCAGAUUCCUGUUCGGCUUCCUGAUUCCAUUCUCCGUGAUCCUGGUUUGCUACACCGCUGUCGUGUUCAGGAUGAAGAAGAGGCGUCUGACCAAGUCCGGCAGGCCCUUCCGGAUCAUCUUUGCCGUAACGGGGUCGUUCUUCCUGUGCUAUUUCCCUUACCACGUCUUCUCCUUGCUGGAAAUGUCCAAAAUGUCUUCCAGUCACGAGUUCAAAGUGGCCCUUUACGUUGGGAUCCCUUUGGCUUCUAGCCUGGCGUUCUUCAACAGCUGCAUCAACCCGAUCCUCUACGUGUUUGUCGGGCAGAAGACAUUCCGGCAGUCGAUCCUUUUGGCAUUCGAAGGGGCUUUCGGCGAGGACUCCCUGCUGUCCACCUUGUCCAGCAAGAGGAAAUCAAGAUCCGUUUCCCAGGCAGAGAUGCCAACUGGGUUGCAACUUGUGCCAAAUCACCUGCCAGAACCCUAG